AUGACUGAAGUGAAAUGCUUAACGGGCGAUUCAAUGUUAGAAUGGACUUGCAAUGGAGAGGAUGAAGGGUUCAGAAUCUGCGGACACUGUCAGUCCUGUGUCCUCUCUGACAAAUUUUACAAUUACACUCAGUGGCUGAAAAAGUCUGGUGGAGCAUCCCAGAGAAGGUUCCUUACUGGCAUUCUUGUGCGCUGCCAGAAUCUUCACAUCCUGGAGAAUAUCCAGAGUGUUUUGCAAGUGACAACGGGGAAAGAUUUCACCUAUGCCAGGUCCAGAGCCCAGCCGAGAAAACCUGAGGACACCAUCAGCACCACCAUCAGCAUGGGUAGAACUCCGGACGCAAAAAUGCAUGGCAUGGACAUGUUGGAAACCUGGGAAUGGUUUAGGAAGAGCCCAAGCUGGACCAAGUCAAACUAUCUGCUGUCCAUCUUGUCUUUUUGUGACACCUCCCUUUUGCACAUGUUAGGAAAUCUGGUGCGUGUCCUGAUUGUUUGGGAGAAACACAAAUUUCUUCAGUUCAGCAAUACUGGCUCAGAUAUCAUUGCAGAUCUGUCAGUUACAGAGUCACGUUUCUCCUACCACUCGGAUGACCACCCAGAUCUGGAUCUUCUCUUUCAAGCAUGUUCUUUAUGUGAGCCAGUUGAUCUUCCUCAAGAAACUCAACAGGGCAUGGAAACAGAUGUCUUUAAACAGAAGUGCUUAGGACAGACAAAGGACAUCAAAUCUUUCAAGAGUAGCUGUGAUGAAAUGAACAUGCAGAAUGUGAACCCUUGGAAAACAAGGAGAAAACACAGAGAUUCAGACUGUGACAGCUCAGAUGAUCCGGCCCUAACAGUAGUCCCCAGGUCGUCCAAAUCUCUGUCAGGGGUGAGCCGCCAUAGAGAUUUAAUCCGAAGUCUGCCAGUCGAUAUUGCAAAGAGGAUUUUGGGACUUUUGGACAAGGCCUCACUGUACAGUUGUAAGUGUGUGUCCAAGCAUUGGCGAUGCCUAACAGACGAGAUCUUAACAGAGAUGGAAGUAAAAAAGAGUGUUGAGAAACAGGCCAUGAUACUGCAGGGUAACUCUACAUCUAAAGUCAACCCUUUUUAUGCCAGAAUAUGUGAGGUCCAAGUGCCCAUCAGUGAGAAGGAAAAGCACCUGUGUCAUGGAGAUUCCUUCACCAAAUAUAAGGUGGAAAAGGACUUUAGAUCUGUUUACACUGGCUUUAAAACUAAGACAGUGCAAAUGGAAGAACGAAAUGUGUACUGUGGCGUCUAUAACAUCUUGGUCCUGCUGGAAAGAGAGGAUUCCAGUAGAGUGAUGCAUUAUGCUGGGGGUCAGUUUGUGGCUGUUGGGUCCAGGGACCGUACUGUCAGGUUGUUGGAUGUGGCAUCAUUGAAAGAGGUUCCUACAGUGUUCCAAGGACAUGCAGGGAGUGUCAGAGCAGUGCUAGUCUGUGAAGAAAGAGACUUGGUCAUAAGUGCAAGCUAUGACCUCAGCAUCAGGUGCUGGAACCUGAAGACAGGCGUAUGUACAAUGAUAUUUCAUGGACAUUUUGGCACUAUAAACUGCCUGGAUUUGUAUGGAGAUAGACUGGUAUCUGGUGCCAAAGACUGCCGAGUUAAAGUGUGGAACCUGCUGACGGGGAAGUCCAUUGACAAUCUCAAGUUUAAACACCUUAAACCAAUCAUGUGUGUAAAAACUGAUGAAAGCCUGGUGAUCAGCAGCUGUACUAGAGGUCUGGUGAAGAUGUGGAGCAUUGAAACUGCAUCACUCAUUAGGCAAAUCAGUGGCCAUACGGGGGCAGUGCUGUGUCUGUGUCUCGACCAGUGGCAUAUCCUGUCUGGAGGGUCAGAUGGGGUGGUCAAGGCAUGGAGCACCAACUGUAACUUCAAGAAGAGUCUGAUGAGCUUCCAGCAUCCAAAAGAGGUGUUGACAAUGUCUUUCCUGUUCCUGCGGGUUAUCACCGGCUGCAAGGAUGGAAAGAUCAGGAUCUUCAACUUCUUAAAUGGGGACUGCUUGAGAGUUAUCAAGACAAACAUGCAGCAGAACCCCAUUCUUUCCUUGCAUGCACACAAUAACAUAGUUAUGGUGAACACCAGAGGCAGUACUCUGAUUCUACAGUUCACUGAAGUUCAUUGGGACUACUCUGCCAGUGCCGAGAGGGAUUUUUUGGAUUGGUCUCAUCUUAUCUCCCCUGAGUGUGCACUUUGGAGUUCAGAACGGACUCGAGCGAGCCCAUCCAGCCCAAAAAGUCUGAAACAUGCACAAGAUACUCAGCAGGUGUCCAGAAGAGCGGCGACAUGGAGUAAGCUUCAAGCUUAUCGGCGCAGCAGAGCUGCCACUGAAAUUCAGAAUGAGUUCUUCACCAAGGACCGACCUGUUCUUUCAGCAGGCAGUGGACACAUUAAGGACUUUCAAAGUAGAGCCAUCCACACACAGAGGACUGCCAUCACCAGCUUGGAUAAGAAGACUUAUCAUACCGAAAACUCAGUGCUCAGCCAGAGCGAAAAGGCAUUCAGUGACAGGGUGAGAAAGAGAGGCCCUUACCACCCUUCAACCCUUGACCUAACUCUACUGAGAACCAACUCCUCCCAGCAGAGCCAGUACAGUGACCUAGCCAGGUCUAACAUGGAGCUGAAUGCCAGAGUGCGAGAUGCCUGGGGGCCUUGUCACCCAGGUCCAUCCAUAGGAACUCAAUAUAAAGACUCUGCCUCCCUAAUUCCCAAAACCCCAUUGUCUCAUAAGCUGAUGGGACAGCGCUCUCUACAGUCCAAACAGACCUGUUUAAUCACCCACUCUCCUGACCAUUUGGAGGCAGAAUGCCCCAAAGGAGCUCCACCCAAACAAUCUCAUACAUCAUUAAAAGUUAGGGCAGGGAUAAACAAAAUUGGCCCACUAAUUAGCACUUCCCAGGAAGAUGGCAAGGCUCCACAGCGAUUGUUUAUGAGACGAACUUCCAUGGUCCCACAUUGCCCUGAAGAUUUUGAUAUGACUAGUGCAUCCAGCACAUAUCACAACCCACUAGACCCAUUCAAGGAGAAGGGAACUUUUCAGCUGAGGACAGACACACAGUUAGAGGAAUUCAUUCAGGAGCAGAGUAGGCAACAGCAGAUUCAUACACAUGGAAGAGGGGAGGAGAAUGCCCACCAAGAACUUUUGAAACCUCCUCAGUGGCUAACAAAAUUCUGGAAACCCAGCAUUGUUCCCCCAGGUAGCGUCAUUCUUGUGCGGGGUCACUGGUUCCAUGACCUGGGAUGGGAGGCAUUGAAGCUGGAUGCAAGCAAAAAGCAGGAAGGGUUCUUGAAAGAAGACUCUGCUUUCCAUAAAACAGCUCAAAAGUGGGUUGAAAAGAUGAACAAUAAGGUGGAACUGGUGCAUAUGAAUGACCAGAGGUCCUUGUGA